AUGGCUUUUGCUCGUGCUCUUGGUGUGAUUCAAUCAGUUGGUCGUGGUGCAGGAAUUUCGGAAGAAAACGAGUUGUAUAAUCGUGGCCAAACAUUUACAAUUAACUCAAAUUCGUAUCGUGUUGAAAAUGUGAUUGCUAAAGGAGGUUUUGGAACAGUUUUUCUAGCGACUAGCGCAAAAGGAAGACAAGUUGCUGUGAAAAUUAUGCUAAGUCAUGAUUCCGCUUCAACAACUGAUAUUGAUAAUGAAAUUGCGAUGAUGAAAAAGUUUCAACAUGAAAAUAUUAUUCAACUUUUUGAUGCGUCUUGUGAAAAUCGAGGGUCACGAUCUGUUAAAGAAUAUAAAAUAUCAAUGGAAUAUUGUCGAUUUUCGAUUGCGGAUGUUUUGACAAAAUAUAAAGGUGUUAGUGUGGAUUUUGUUGUUAGAAUUAUUUUUUAUACAUCAAGAGCGUUGGUUUAUCUACAUGAAAAUGGAGUGACUCAUCGGGAUAUUAAAGCCGAGAAUUUAUUGAUUAAUGCGAAUGGUGGGUGUCAGGUCUUUGAAUUAAAAAUUGAGCAUCAAAUUUUGACACCUUUUUGUAUUCCAAAUCGUGAGACUGGUUUACUCUGAAUUCUGAGAAUUAGUGAAUUAUAAGUUAUGUAGUAAUUCUGGUUUGUUUUUAAUUUUUGACAUGAAACAUACAUAUCCGUAAACUGAAUAAAUAAAUGUCAUAUACUGCUUUGUCUGCAGCAUCCCAUGUUUAUUUGAGAUGUUGAACUUUUGAAACUCUUCCAUAAAAGUUCUAUCGAAAUAGUACAAAAAAUGUUGAUAGAAAUAAAUCUACUGUAUGAUUUUCUGAAUAACAAUACAGAACCACCGCAAUUGUCAAGAUAGACAUAGACAUUUUUCAGGCAAGCUAAAACUAUGCGAUUUUGGGUCAGCCACUACAAAAUCAAUCAAUAUGGCUGAAUUAUCAAAUAGUGCUAGAUUAGCUAUUCAAGAGGAGAUGAUGAAAUAUACAACACCAAUUACAAGAUCACCAGAAGUUUCAGAUGUUUAUUCCAAUUGGCCAAUUGGAAAACAACAGGAUACUUGGGUUCGUGAAAUUAUUUCACAUUUAGGAUACAAUUAAAAAAAUAUUUUAGGCUAUGGGAUGUUUGAUAUAUUUUGUAUGUUUUGGAGAACAUCCAUUUGAUGGUUCACCUUUGGCAAUUAUCAAUGGAAAAUAUAAAAAACCACCACCAAUUCAACAAAAUCAACUCUCUGCAUUUGCAGAUCUUAUAGCAAAAUGUCUAACUCCAAGUCCAGAAAAUAGAAUUAGCGCAGAGAAAAUUGAGGAUUAUAUGAGAUUGGCAAUGGAGAAACAGCCAGCUCUCGCGGCCAAAAAAGAUUUUAAUGACAUUUUGGAAAUGAUGAAUGUUGUGAACCAAACUGAAAGAGAGGCAGAGAUUCCAUCAGCUGCGGGAAAAACAUUUUUGAAUAUGCAGGACAAAUUGUUCUCGAAUUUAUCGAAUUUGAAAAAUACAGUUGUUCAACAGACUAAUAAACUUGGAGGAUGGCCGUUUGAAGGAGGAGCUGGAAGUAGCAAUAAUACACCAAGACCUGUGGCAAGCCCGAAACCACAACCAAAAGUGGCAAAAUUGCCACCAAAUGUUCAAGGUAGGUUUUUUAUCGCUUGAAUAAGUAUUUUCAUGACGGAAACUCCCUAUAAUUUCAAAGUUCACUGGGCCCUACCAAAACUGCCAAUCUUGUUUGGUUUUUCAUUUGAAAAAUUAGCUUAAGCUUAUUAGAAACAUCUAUCACAUCAGAAGGUUGUUUAUUUGAUUUUGAAGUUCACAAAGUUCAAUAGUUCAACAAACUAUCACGAUCUUUGUAAAAAUUGAGUUAAUUAGUUCUCCAAAAAUUCUCUGGUCUUCACAAGAAAACUGAAUUUGAGCCAAUUUCCAAAAUGUUCAUUGUAAAAAUGUUUUCUAUAUCUUUUUUUGACAAAUCUUCCGAUUUCAAAAUCACAUCAUUUCAUUUUUGUAAGCAUUUUUUCGAAUGCUCAUAUCAAACAUUCCAAUUUUGAUAUGCUCAUGACAUUUUUAUCAAUAAAACCAAUCUUGAUGUAACCAAAGAACGUUGUUUAUAUUGAAACGGCCUUUUAUUUCAAAAAAAAACUUUUUCAGAAACUACGAAGCCUAAAGUCGUCGAACCAUUCGCUACAGAGUGGCCAUCUGACACGAAAUCUUCAGAUAAUUGGGGAGCCUUCACGCAAGCUCCAGCAAAGAAGAAGGAAGUAUUUGACCCGUUUGCUGAAGCUUCUGGAAGUCAGCCUCCAAAUCAGCCGCAAGCAAAUAAUGAAGAUCUGCUAUCCCUGCAAUCCUGGCCUGGAACAAAUGAUCAAAAAACUGUGGAGCAGAAAAAAUCGAGCUCUUCUAAAGAUUUAUUUGAUUUCGAUGAUUUGAUGAAUCGCCACACAAUCCCUUCUCAAAAUAACAGUGAAGGUAGAUAAAAAUAAAAACAUGUUCAUGAUUCAUAUCUUAUCUCUUUUUUUACAGUUUUACAACCGACACGACAAAUGGAAAAUAAAAAUCUCACGAAAUUCGAUGAGUCAAAAACGAUGGGUACUGCAUCAUCUUCAAGUUCAAGUUUAGACGAUAUGGUUAAUCAAAUGAUGAAAUUAAAUAACAAAAAAUGA